CCAGAUAAUCAGGGCCAGACUUAUAGUGACAAGGAUUAUUUUCCAUCUUGCUUUGGAAAGCAACAAGAUAAACCAGGAGCAUGGGUGGAGGCGAUGUCGGAAGCGCCUUCGACGCUGCAUUAGCGCGAACGGGAACGUCGUUGACAUCGAGAGAUCUGGUGGCCAUGUAUCCUUCACAACCUUCUUUGGUAGACAAUAGUCCCAUCGACCUGGAGCGGUGCAAAUCCUUUGACUUGUUCAACGCUGACCCAGCGAAAGCUCGAGACGAGAUGGAAAAGAAGCGUGAAGACGCUCAGAAACUUCAUGGCGCCGAGUUCAUUCGGCAAUUGAAAAGGUCCAAACAUCAUCACCCGCUCAAGAAGAAUCGACAAUUCGACUUCCGAUUGACACAAGAAGAAAGAUCCACGUUGGCUGCCACUGGUGUAGUGGCAUCGCAACGUAUGCAAGCUGAGAGCUUCGCUGAGAUUUACUAUCGACUGUACACAGACGAUUUGCCUGUGUACGUGACAACAGACUCCAUUUUACACGCUUGGCACCGCAGUUUUGACGCGUUCUUGGUCGAACUAGAAUUGUUCCUGUCUCCACUCCUGGACAAGAUAGUGAGCUCUACUCUAUAUCAGUGCAAGACUUUGUUGUCGAAAGCGGAUCCUCAUGUUGCUAUAGCGAUGAAGGAUGUUGACAACUUCCUUACUGUUGGGUUGAGUUUGCUAAGAGGGGAGACUCCCUCCAACCUCACAUCACUAUGGACAGCACUUGGAGCAGAGAAAACCGCCGAUGUUGAAAUGUUUUCGUCGAAACGCACCAUUGAUUUUUCGCUUUUCAAGCCCCGUGGACAUUAUACCAAGUCGGAAGCUUUGAAGAAUUAUUUUCGAGCGAUGAUGUGGCUCGGGACAAUUGAUUUUCGCAUCGCUGGAGGGGAAAACCAGCAGGAUGAUCUGCAUCAAUUGCUAUGUGCAGUUGUGCUGGUUCAAUGUCUUCAAGAAUCGGACAGUUUGAGUGAUAUUGAGAGGGCGGAUUCCCUUAUUUCGUGCCUUGUUGCCGACGGUAACCUCGGAGCUGAUUCUCUUUCUGCACAUGAGCUUGCCAAACUUGUGAUCCCAACGAACAUAGCGAGCUCGAUUUUGAGCAAGCUUGGUCCGGAUAGGGAGACACUUCUACUUGAUCUGCAGCAGCAAAUAGUCCAGAAGGGUCUGGGCACGCAGCUCAUUACAGGGCAUCCUUUAGUGGAAGAUGCAACGGCGGGAACUACCACACCAACGACAAGACCCACGUCGUUUGCUUUGCUUGGCCAGCGCUUCGUGUGGAGCUCGUUCAUCUUCACUCGGCUGGUGUACGACCAAGUGCUGCAAGACGACACAAAACCAGCUCGACGUAUUCCAAGUGCUGUCGAUGUCGCCUUUGCACUGUUCGGCAACAAUGAAGCAGCCACCGAGAUCGCUCGUCGAAUGGAGGACCAUGCACCUGAGCCUGAUGACACGAACUGUGACGGCAAGGAGUUUGUGCCACACCGCGACGGUAUCCAAUUCGCCUCAAACCUAAUAGCACUGCGUCAGGUCAUUGACGAGGAAUUUAACGACGAUGAUGACAGCAAGCCGAGGACUACGGCCACUGGAAAUUCUAGCAUCAGUUCGCUGUGGCUUCAAGCCCUACGAGCGCUAUCAAGACCAUCUCCUAACAGCGCCAGCACAUUUCACACGAGCACGUGGCAGCGACGCCAAAUGAACACGCAGAUCGCAUCAUUCACGCAGCUUCGACACGACACAGUACUUUAUGCGAAGCAAAGCUACAUGCGUCGCAUGCUUUGUGAGUAUCCAUAUGGAAUGGUCGAUCCGUACCCAGUGUUUUGGAACCUAAUUGGAAAAAUGGCGAUGCGAAUGAAGGACAUUGCUACUCAAGCGUCGAAUUCGCUUGGCGAUUCUUCUUCACGUGGAUAUAGUAUUGCAAAAGGAUAUCAAGUCUUCAAGACAUUCGCAUCAACAAUGGAAACAAUUGAAGAAAUUGCCCUCCUCCAGACAAGCAAUGAAGAAUUGAGCUAUGAACAAGUGAGGUUCAUGAAAUCGGUGAUGGAGAAAUCGUCGUUUGGAAGUGGAGAGACAAAGUACAAUGGUUGGUAUCCUCAACUGUUUUACGGCUCCCCUAAGGACGCAGGAAAUCGCGAUGUAUUAGUCGUGGACGUUCACACCGACAUUCCAUCAGUGGAACACGGCGAUCCAGGAAGCAUUUUGCAUUUGGGCGUGGGUGAUCCCAUCGUGGCGUUUUUCGUCGUUAACGAAGUCAUGUACGCUGGCCCUGUGUUUACCAGCUACGAGUUCCUGACCCCCGUUGACAAGCGUUUGAGUGAUGAAGACUUUCAAGCAGAACUAUCGACGGUGCGUGCAUCAGGAUGGGCUCAACGUUCCUACCUCUGCAACUCCAACAAUGACAACGUCGCGGAGACGGAGAUAUCGGUGCAAGACUUGCCUCACUGGGAACGCAAGUCGUUCCUUUACUAAAAGCUCGGGCGUAAAUUACCGUUUUCUUCUGCUUUUUUUUUUAAAUUCACUGGCCGCAGGAAGCUUACAUGUUAGUUUACUUCACAUCAGGUUCCUCUCUUUUAUUUUGUACCUUGAAGUUAUUGUUCAGUUCA